UCCUUUACAUGAUAUUACAAGUAUACAUGAAUACAGAGUUCGCUGGUCACGUUCCGCGUGCGAAUGACCUUGCGAAUUUUUGAAUCGAAGUUAACUUCAGAUGGAUCUGUCGUUUUUUGCACGUGGCCGGUCUAGUCGUGCGAUAAUUUGCGGUCAGUGUAGUGUUCUGGCGAGUCAAAAAUUCUGUAAUUAUAUUCUUUCCGUGACGCCAUCUCAAAGCUCCCAGUCUCUCGUUAACCAUCCGCCCCGGCUGACACGUCCUGCUUUCUCUGCUCGCUAUCUACCAUCCUAUCUAGAAUAAAAAAUGCCUACGAACACACAGGAAGGAUUUGCCACAAGAGCUAUUCACUCAGGACAAGAUCCGCUGCAAUGGAGCCAUUGCUCUGUAAUACCGCCACUUGUUAUGUCCACUACUUUUCGUCAAGAUGCUCCUGCUGAGCACAGAGGAUUUGAAUACGGCCGUUCCGGUAAUCCGACUCGUAAUGUUCUAGAAGCUUGCUUAGCUUCAAUUGAAGAUGCUAAGCAUGCUUUAGUAUUUUCAUCUGGACUCGGAGCUACAACUGCAAUUACAUCUUUGUUGGAAAAUGGCGAUCAUAUUAUUUGCGGGGAUGAUGUUUAUGGGGGCACUAACAGAUUCUUUCAAAAAUGUGCCUCUAAACAAGGCAUCAAAGUUACAUUCGUUGAUGUCACAAGUGUAAAAAGUAUCGAGCAAGCACUGCAACCGAACACAAAGAUUGUAUGGUUGGAAACACCCACAAACCCAUUGCUGAAAUUAGCUGACAUCAAAGCCGUAUCAGAAAUGCUAAAAGCUAAACGCCCAGAUAUCAUAUUAACGGUUGACAACACUUUUCUCACGUGCUACUUCCAGCGACCUUUGGAAUAUGGCGCAGAUAUCGUCGUCUAUUCUCUUACUAAGUACAUGAAUGGACACUCAGACGUCAUUAUGGGAGCUGCACUCACAAAACGGGAUGAUAUUGAAGCGAAAUUACGCUUCAUUCAGAAUGCAAUGGGGAUCGUUCCAUCGCCAUUUGACUGUGCUCAGGUAAAUCGUAGCUUGAAAACCUUGGAGCUCAGAAUGGAACGACACCAGAAAAACGGUCUUGCGGUAGCAAAAUUCCUAGAAAAGCAUUCGUUAGUCGAAAAAGUCAUUCAUCCACUUCUUCCCUCUCAUCAACAGCACGAAUUGGCCCUUAAGCAGUCAAGCGGUCACAGUGGUAUGAUAUCUUUUUACCUGAAAGGAGACUCCAAAAAGUUUUUGAAAGCUCUGAAAUUGUUCACCCUGGCGGAAUCCCUUGGAGGAUAUGAGUCUCUUGCUGAAUUACCGUCUAUUAUGACGCACGCAUCAGUACCAGAUGCCGAGCGAGCAAAACUAGGAAUCACCGACCAGCUAGUACGUCUGUCCGUAGGUCUCGAAUCUGAACAGGAUAUAUUGUUGGACUUGGACCAAGCCUUGGAAGCUGCUCAAUGAACUGCCACUCAUUUUCUGAUGGCGAAGCACAUUACAUAUUAGACAGUAAUAUUUUAUCAGCUUUUAACCAUGCUUUGAAAUUUUUUGCAUUCUUGAAAAGAAAUUAGCUUUUUACAUGCCAGAAUAAUUAGCGAAAACAAAAAACUAAAAAAAUAGAUGCUUUAUAAAUGCCAUGCAAUUAGGAUGCCUAUUUGCUAAGUAAAAAAAUUACCUGCGUCAAUGAUUGUUUGCCAAGCAAUUUUAGGUACAAUCACUGUACAGGCUCAGAUGUCUUCCCUGGUCCUCUGACAACAAAAGUUCGAAAUACUUGCUUGAGAAACAUAUACUGAAAGUAUCCCAAGGUAGUUUUGAUGUAGGUUUACUUGAUGAAUUUUUAUCGUGGCAGAAUCUGUGGGUAUUCCACCGAUAUAAGAAGCAUACACUUUGAUAAUUGUUAGGUGAUGAAUGAUCUUCAAAUUGUUGUUGUAUACCUACAAAUAUUUUUUUUAUUCUAGCAGUUUAUUUCUAUUUACUGUACAACUUUGAACUUAGUUGCCUUUCAUAGGAUACUUUGAAGUGAAUCGAAUUCACUAUGUUAAAGAAUAAAAUUCAUUCUAAUGAGGCACUGCGUGUUAAGUAUAUUAUGGUACCGUGCAGUGCAGCACUGUUAUAUUUGACAUUGUAUCUUCAUACAAUAAAAGGCAAUCUCUAGUUUUGAAUGGGUGGGGAAGACCAUGCAAUGGUAAUUAAUUAAUGAGCAGAGGGUUUUAGCCGAGUCAAGCAUUUGUGAUCCGCAGCAAUUUCUUUUUUUAUUUUAGAACAAAUUAUCGGCUGCAAUUACGAUGCGACAUAUGUGUAAUGAGUGAAUAAUUGUUUUAAUACUUUUUAAUCCUCGUAAUUUAUUAUUUUAUCAACAUUCUAUUAAAAUUUUAUGGCUUUGGAUCUCUUUCUUUAGCCUAUGAUAUGCUUAAACAUAUGUACAUAAAAAAAUUCAUGAAGACACGACAAAAUUUAAAAUCCAGGCCUCACUUGGGUCCCUUAUUUUACAUCGCUAUUCUACUUCUGAUUGAUUGAAGUUUGCAUGAUUUAGAUUUAACUUUGCAGAAGAUUUUGAUAACACGUAAUUAUAAAAGUCAUAAAGCAUUAAUCUUUAACGAGGAUUAAAGUACUGUACAAAUAAUAAUUUAUUACCGAGUAUACAUCACUUGAAAUAAUAUUCCAUUCCUAUUUAUUUUAUACAAAUAUGCACUUGUAUUUAUUGAAGAGUUUACCACAUUUUUUGGUCCAUAUGCAUAAAUACGUAUGAUAUCUUCUAUUGUACAUAAAUGAGAAUAAAUUAUUUUACCUGUAA